GGGAAGACAGUCACAGAGUCGCUAUUUCGCUAAGAUUUAGAUUUUUUUACAGUUGUUUAGCGUUUAAUAUAGAUUUUAGACAACAAUUCACGACAAAUAAUAUUUUAUAUUCCAACUAACUGAUGUCUCGGAUUGGAGUUUUGUGAUACGAUGGUUUACAUACAUAUUAUAUCACACAUUAAAUGGUUGAGGUGUUAUGCGGGUUUGUUUGGACAAUUUAGUCUUCUCUUCUUGGGAUUUUUGUUUGUGUUAUUCAUUCCUCCAAACUCAGGUCUGCCCUCUUAUGAAGCUCUUCUGGGCGACGUAGCAGAAAUUCCUUGUAAUUUCACUAUACUCUCUGAUGACGGAAUAGCACUGGUUUUGUGGUAUCGGGGUAAUUCUUCAACACCCAUUUAUACACUUGAUGCCAGGAAUGGACUCAACAAUCACCCAAAGCAUUUCCCAAGUGACAUUCUUGGUGAUAGGGCCUACUUUGAUGUUGAUGAAAUUCCUUCCGUCCUUCGAAUUCAAGACAUCAGACAGGAAGACAGUGGACAGUAUAGAUGUCGUGUAGAUUAUAAACACGAUCGUACAGAAAAUAUCUGCUUCUGGUUGGACGUAAUUGUUCCACCCAGAGAAACAAUUAUUAUGGAUGAAUUUGGACAGCAUCUGCGAGGUUUGAUAGGCCCGUAUAACGAAGGAUCGUCGUUACUUCUCAUAUGUGAAGCAGAUGGAGGAAGACCUCCUCCAGCAUUGACGUGGAAAAAAGGAGGAAAACUUUUAAGCUCUAACUUUACUCUGACACCUCAAGGUUUUUCCCGAAAUGAAGUAGUUCUUCCCGAACUUCGGCGGGAAGACCUGUUCUCUUCCCUAACGUGUGAAGCUUCAAAUAACGACAUCCGAUCUCCUGUAACAAGUUCGGUUACUGUUGAUUUAAACUUGAGGCCUUUAGACGUAAAGAUCACCACAUCAAAUAGACCCGUGCAUGCUGGUCAACAGGUGGAGUUUGUGUGCGAGACAUGGGGAGCCAGACCUCCGUCUGAAAUCACUUGGUGGAAGGGAAUUGAAAGACUAACCUUAGUAUCAGACGUCAUAGCUCCAGCUAGUAACCUAACUGUAAGCACUGUUGUAUUCACCCCUGAAGUAAAGGAUAAUGAGAAGAAUAUCACCUGCAGAGCUGACAAUAAAGUUCUUAAAAACAGCGUUAUCUCCGAUGUUCGCAAAUUAAUAGUUUAUUACACUCCUCGAGUGAAAAUUACUCCACGGUAUCCAACCAACCUUAGCAAUGUGCAAGAAGGUAGCGAGGUUUUACUAGACUGCAUCGUCCAAUCAAACCCACAAGAACUCAGUGUUUGGUGGCUCUUUAAAGGUUUACCAAUGCACUCGAAUCCGAAGUUUGGUAUUCUCAUCACCAACUAUUCCUUAUCAAUUCAAAAUGUCCAGAAACGUCACAAAGGCAAAUUUCAAUGUAUUGCUGUAAAUAAAGAAGGAGAAGAAUCCAGUAGAGAAGUAUUUUUACAAGUGAUAUAUCCCCCAGUUUGUAAAGCACAAGAAAUUAAAACGUAUGCUGCUCUUGUUGGAUCCAAGGUGAGGGUGACGUGUGAGGUGGAAGCACAACCCCCGGAAGUUAAUUUUCGUUGGUCAAUAAACAAUAGUUUCGGCGAGCUGUCGAUAAAUACGUUCAUUCGAAAUCAAACAUCUAGUGUGGCCGUAUUCUCUCCAAAGUCUGAAAUGGAAUAUGGGACUUUGUUUUGCUGGGCAAAGAAUAAAGUUGGAGAGCAAAAACGCCCCUGCAUGUUUAAUGUUAUUCCAGGAGCUCCUCCCGAGGUACCAAAGGACUGCUUGCUCAUCAACCAAACGAGAAUGAUGUUUGUUGUUCGUUGCUCUCCUCCUAUAGAUCAAGGGUUAUCUCAACAUUUCCAGCUUGAAGUCUACAACAAAAGAAACGACCAUCUCCAAGAAAAUAUUUCUGCUUCAGAUGUUCCUUUAUUCGUCGUCCAUUCCUUACCUCCUGGCACGCCAUUCGUGCUUUUCAUUUAUUCUGUCAAUGCGAAAGGAAGAAGUCCGCCGGUAACUCUUCAUGUUAGAACUUUAGAUAUUCACCCCGAGUCCAACAAAAAAGGUGAGUCCACGGAAGGUUUGAAAUUUGCUCAUGUCCUGGGGAUUAUCGUUGGAAUGUUUCUUGUAUUAUUGAUUAUGUUUGUACUGAAUUUCGUGUUGAGGAAAUUACAUCGUACGCAACUUUCUCGUCGAGAUGGACGACCAGAAAGCAAUCGAAUUGAUAAACUGCAAACGAGCUUUGUCGUGGAAGAAGAAUCACCGAAACACGAUGUUCAGUUACUAGACCUCAUUUCUACAAAGAGAGAUUUUUCUGGUCCACCUGACGUUACUCACACAAGCGUUAAGUGGAACCAUAUGACACCAGCAGAUGGUGCUGUGGAGUAUACGAAAGAUCAAUUGAUUCCUGUUUCACCCACAGAAAAGGAUCCGUGGCAAGAUCGAGAAUCUAAGGUGAAUCGUAGAUCAGAUCGUGACGAUGAAUCCCCACUUUGCAUUAUUUCCGAAAGUGCUAACGCCCUUUACGACACAGUGAAGUGGAGAGCUAAACCAUUUCACGCUCAAUCACUAAUAAAACCUGAAGACGUAGAGAAAUGCGUAACUUCCGAAACACCAUUGAUGAACACUAUUAUCGUUGGAGAACAGUCUCUUCAAAUUCAAAAUAUCGUUUCUACGGAAGUGUGAAUGUGAUUAUUCGUAUUUCAUACUAUUUAUAAUCGGAUGUUUCUUUGUGUCCUGUCAAACUGUGCCUUUUCUUCAUAUUAAACGCUUCUUCAGAACUAUCAGUUUUAUAUGGCUCUUUGAAUCCUCGGACUACUAACUGCUAAUCCCACAAUAGAAAAUUAUCAGUUUAUUUAACAGCUUUUCUGCUUAUUUUCCAUAUUUUAGUCCUACCUCUGUAGUGGUACCGCGGGUAUGAAUAUUAUGUUUCGUGUAUUAACAAAAAUAAUAUCUGUACAUUAGUUUCAAAUAAAGCCUUCAAAAAUAUAUGAA